GAAAAGGCAAAGCAAAUAUGAUAACGGGGAACGAGUUCUACAAGGUGAUGUGUGCCAUGACACCGCUCUACUUCGCCAUGUUCGUGGCAUAUGGAUCGGUGAAGUGGUGGAAGAUCUUCACGGCGACGCAAUGUUCCGGAAUCAACCGUUUUGUCUCGGUUUUCGCCGUACCGAUCCUCUCUUUCCACUUCAUCUCACAAAACAACCCUUACAAAAUGGACACCAUGUUCAUCCUCGCUGACACUUUGUCCAAAAUCUUCGUCUUCGUUUUGCUCUCUCUAUGGGCCUUUUUCUUCAAAUCCGGUGGUCUCGAUUGGCUCAUCACCCUCUUCUCAAUAGCUACUCUCCCUAACACUCUCGUCAUGGGCAUCCCUUUGCUUCAAGCCAUGUACGGAGAUUACACUCAAAACCUCAUGGUCCAGCUCGUUGUUCUUCAAUGCAUCAUUUGGUAUACUCUAUUACUCUUCCUCUUCGAACUCCGAGCGGCGAGGUUGCUCAUCCGAGCCGAGUUUCCGGGUCAAGCAGCCGGGUCAAUCGCCAAGAUCCAAGUCGACGAUGACGUCAUCUCCCUAGACGGCAUGGACCCGCUCCGUACAGAAACAGAAACCGAUGUCAACGGUCGGAUCAGACUCAGGAUCCGACGGUCCGUAUCAUCCGUACCGGAUUCUGUUAUGUCCUCGUCCUUAUGCUUAACCCCUAGAGCCUCUAAUCUUUCUAACGCCGAGAUUUUCUCCGUCAACACUCCUAACAACCGUUUCUUUAACGGCGGAGGAGGAAGCGGCACGCUUCAGUUUUAUAACGGUAGUAACGAGAUCAUGUUUUGUAACGGAGACUUAGGUGGGUUCGGGUUUACUCGACCCGGAUACGGUGCAAGUCCUAGGAGGCUCUCUGGCUACGCUUCCUCCGAUGCUUACUCGUUGCAGCCAACGCCACGUGCCUCCAACUUUAACGAGCUCGACCUUAACGGGAACAGUACGCCGGUUUGGAUGAAAUCUCCUGUCGCCGGGAGGAUAUACCGGCAAUCUUCGCCGAAGAUGAUCUGGGAGUCUGGUCAGAGACACGUAGCUAAAGAUCAUAUCAAUGUGCCAGAGAAGGAGAUCAGUUUCAGAGACGCACUCAAGGCUGCACCACAGAUUACGGCAGCCGGCGGUGGUGGUGCUUCCAUGGAGGAAGGCGCCGCUGGGAAAGAUACAACUCCGAUGGCUGUUAUUGGCAAGCAAGAGAUGCCAAGUGCCGCUGUGAUGGUGCGACUCAUAUUAACAGUCGUGGGACGCAAGCUUUCACGAAACCCUAACACCUAUUCCAGCCUCUUAGGACUUAUCUGGUCACUUAUUUCCUUCAAAUGGAAUAUAGCGAUGCCAAAUAUAGUGGCAUUCUCAAUAAAGAUCAUUUCAGAUGCAGGUCUUGGGAUGGCUAUGUUUAGUUUAGGUCUGUUCAUGGCGCUGCAGCCAAAGAUGAUCCCUUGUGGGACGAAGAAAGCGACAAUAGGGAUGUUGAUAAGGUUCAUCUCAGGGCCUCUUUUCAUGGCUGCUGCUUCUCUUCUUGUCGGAUUGAGAGGUUCUAGGUUACACGCUGCCAUCGUACAGGCAGCUCUACCGCAAGGAAUAGUACCGUUUGUAUUUGCGAGGGAGUAUGGUUUACAUCCAGACUUACUCAGUACAUUGGUUAUCUUUGGUAUGAUAGUAUCUUUACCAGUAACAAUUCUCUACUACGUGCUCUUGGGACUAUGAUUUAUUCACACAACACAAUGACCCCGAAGAUAUGAUCCAUGAAUAAAAAACGAGGAGCGGGAAUAGCUAGAGAGCGAGAGACUCGAUCAUGAGCUCUUAAGAAUUGUUAUUUUUGAUCAAGGGCUUGUGAGAAGUUAAGAUUAA